AUAACUUUGAAGGAAAGUAUUAAAAGAGAUCUCUGUUGGAGAAUUGAAGGAGGAUGAAACAUUUGAUGCUCAAAGAGAAGCCAAUUUAUUGGCGAAGGUCAGCUUCAAUAUCUAUGAUUAGUUGGCCCUGUUUUGCUUUUUUGCAUGUGUGCCUGAGUAAUUAAUUUUUGCUAAAUUUGUAGCUUGACCAUCCAAAUAUUGUGAAGUUCCUUGAUAGUUUUGUUUACAUGGAGUCCUAUUGUAUUGUGACUGAACUUUGUGAGGUAGGUUUGCAAUCAACAGUUUAACCCCUGAAUGCUGCUAGUACCUUGCUUAUUGAAUCAGAUUUUUGGACUUGCCAAAUGGCAGGUACAAAAUGCAGGUUGCAGGUUGGAAUUUUGCAGGUUGGGAAUUUUGCAUGUUGGAAUUUUGCAGGUUGGGGAUUUUGCAGGUUGGAAUUUUGCAGGUUGCCAGGAACUUUGCAGAUUGAUAAUGCAAACUUAAAAUUACACCACUAUAAAGUAUUCUAGUAUAAUUUAGUUGUGUAUUUAUUGCAGUCUGACUCCUUGUCGGCGCUUUUGAUAUCAGCCUAUCCUGCUGUCAUGUUCCUAGCCUCUGCUCUAAGGCUAGUGGCUAUCACCCCGUGAAAACAUUCAAAAUGACUAGAUUGGCUUGGACCUACAGGGAGACGAAUGUUUUGAUCGUUGCGAGGAGCCUACAUGACGUGGCGGCAUUUAUACUGUUGUUAAAUGUUGUUAAAAGUUAACUAACUCUCGAGUAAUGAUACAGUAAUUGGGGGCUUGAGUGGACUUCUCAUAAGUGGGUGCAGAGGAGAGACACCUCAUUCAGCCAUUUUGUGAACUGUCACCACGUCAUGUAGCCUCCUCGCAAUAAUCGAAACAUUCGUCCCCCUGAAGCUAGUCAAGCCAAUCUAGUCAUUUGAAUGUUUUCACAAGGGUGAUGGCCACUAGCCUUAGAGCAGAGGCUAGGAACAUGGCAGCAGUAUAGGCUGAUAUUAAAAGUGCUGACAAGGAGUCUGACUGCAAUAAGUACACAAUUAAUUAAAUUAUACUAGAAUAAUUUAUAGUGGUGUAAUAUUUUAAGUUUGCAUUUAUCAACCUGCAAAAUUCCUGGCAACCUGCAAAAUUCCAGAACGAGACAUUAAUUUGACUGCUCAAAUGAAAAGGGCUUUGAUGGGUUUUCUCCCUCCAAACAGCCAAUUCCCCCUCCAAAUUAUGUGUUUAAAUAAGAAUUCUCCCCAUAUAUCAGUCGCUAAGGUUGGCAGGUCUGUGACUGUUGGUUCCCAUGCAUGCUUUUAGAUACUUACCAGAUUAAACUGUAGUUUAAAAACCAUUUUCUUGCAUGUCAGUUUCCACAUGGUCAUCAAAGAAUUACUUAAUCUAAGUCAGCCUGAAUUAUAUUGAAAUGUAAUUAAGUAUUGAUCUUAUGGAAUGUGUAUUGUGUUUUCAGGGAGGUGAUUUAACAGAGAAAAUAAAGGCCUGGAAAAAAUCAGGUCGAACAUUUGAUGAAUCUCUUAUUGUAGCGUGGCUUGUACAAUUGUUGUUAGCUAUUCAAUUUAUUCAUAAAAAGUAAGUAAGGGGAAAAAAUUUAUGCUAGUAGUAAAGUGUCACUUCCGACCCUCUUUUAAAUGCUUGGCAUAUUAAUUUUUUAUAGAAAAAUCCUUCAUAGAGAUUUAAAAACAAGGUACUGUACAUUUAAUAAACUUUCAUUGAACUCUUUAAGCCCCCCCCCCCCUUGAAAUGAGCCGACUCCUCUCUCUAAUAAACCUCUCUUUUAAGGGAAGAAAUUUAUCAACUGCACCUCUCUAUUAAUUGCCCCCUCUUUGUGAUACGCCCCCUUGUGAUCAUACUUCAUACUAAAUAUCUAUUUUUUGAAUCUAGAAAUAUAUUUUUGAAAAACAACAUGAUCAAAAUUGGAGAUUUUGGCAUCUCAAGAAUACUCAUGGGGACAUCUGAUAUGGCGACGACAUUCACAGGAACUCCUUAUUACAUGAGUCCUGAAAUAUUGAAACAUGAAGGAUACAAUUCCAAGUCUGAUAUUUGGUAUGAAAUAGAUCUUUGCAAUCAAUGAACAUCACAACUGUGCCAUUCAGCUAUGCUUCAGAAUGUUCCAUUGUCUUUCAUUGUCUGUAAAAUCCCACUGUUCUCAUGCAUGCAUUGCGUCUGAGUCACUCAUUGUGUUGACUUAUGCAUGGCCUAUCAGUUUUGUGUCUUAGAGAACAUUACCUAGGACAUAGCAGUCACUAAUGAUAUCCAAGCGUUAAUACUCAUGUAGUACGUAACACUAGAAAACAUGGUGAAUACUGGAUGUGAUAACCCUUAAACUGGUCCUCUUAGAAGAACAGUAGUGUAAAUAUACUGAAUAGUUAACUUCAGCUUAGCUCGUCGUUAUUGAUAUUUUAUAUUUCUCAGGGCCCUAGGUGUUGUUCUUUAUGAGCUUUGUACGUUGGAUCAUGCGUUUGAAGGACAGGUACAGUGCAAGUUAAUACCUUACUCUUCGAUACAGUAAGCAAGCAAUGUUCCAAUAAUCUAUAUACUUAUUUCCACUUUAUUCUAAUUUCGGCGGAUUUAACCAAGUGUUUUUCCUUUAUUGUGUUAUUUUCAGAACCUGUUAGGUGUUAUGUACAAAAUUGUCGAAGGUGAAACACCAGCAUUACCAGAAAAAUUUCAUCCUGAAUUUCGAAAGAUAUUCAAUGGGUGAGAACGUAACUAUGUAUUGUACAUAACUAUAGAGUAUAUAGGUAACACUAUAACUAAAUUCUGGUCAAAUGAGAAUGACAGUUGACGAAAGUUGAGAAGAGCUCCGACUCGCUCUCGUUCCACCGUCAACUCUCACCCACUCUUAUCCACUUUUAUCCACUCUCAUCCACUUUGAAUUGGUUCAAAUUUCCGGGAGUUGAAAAAACUCUCAUCAAACUGUCGCUUCUCAACCCGCAUCAUCUCAUCCUCUUUUAAGAGGAAGAGUUGCAACUCUAUCAAUUUUUGAACUGUUAACCUUUACGUAUAUAUUACAUCAUAUCACAUUAGACAUUUUAUGUUUUAGCAUGCUUAGCAAAGAUCCUAUCCAAAGGCCGUCAGCAUCAGAACUUUUAACAAAUCUUUAUAUAUCAAAACACGUAAAGGUAUGGCUCGACAAACUUGAACACGCGUUAAUUUUAAGAUUUAACUGAAUUCGUUAUAGUUAAAAUUUACUUCUGUAACAAUUUUUUUAAGGAAAUAAAAAUGAAAAUUGAGCAGCACAAUACACACAAAUCUGAUGCAACGAACAGCUCUAGAGUGAGGUGCAGUAUGACCUAAGCUUCUUCCCUGAAAACAGGGUGCGAUCAUUCAAAAUGUUUAGUCGUACCUGACUGGUACUUCAAUGAUUAUUCCCGCGUACUUGAACUGGUACAAACUUAAGACUCCUGGGGCCGAUCGUUCAAAGCUGGGUUAUAGUGCUAACCCUGGGUUAAAAUUUAACCUGCUGUUUUAGUUUGUGUAUUUCUACACAUCUGUUUAUUUCAAAACUUCAGAGAAGUAAACUGCUAUCGAUCCAGACAAGAUUUCCGAAGAAACAUUUCCAAAUUUAUGGACAAGCUGUCAAGGAGUUUGCUUUGAAUUUUAAGUUAACCUAGGGUUAACCUAAUUGCAGCUUUGAACUGCCCCCAAG